AUGGAAAGACCGCUUUGGGUUCGUUGGUUGAGAGUUUGGGCUGUAGGUGGUGCGAUCAUCGCGGGAGGAGCUUUGCUGUUCAAGUAUACCACUCCAACAGACGAGCAGCUGAUUCAGUCGCUAUCGCCUGAGCUGAGAUUGCAAUACGAGAGGGAGAGAAACCUACGUCAGGCUGAACAGCAAGAACUUAUGAAGAUCGUGAAGGAGACUUCGCAAAGCGACAGACCGAUAUGGGACACUGGAGCCAUCGAGUCGCCUUGGGAACGAAAGACCAGUCCGCAGUCAAAGAAUAGAGCACAGUUUGAGAAACUCAAGGCUGAGCAAGUGCAAAGGCAAGAGCUGGAAAAGAUCAGAGAAGAAUUAGCUGAGAUAAGGCAGCAGACUGCUUCAGAAACUAGCAGGAUCGUGGAUGAAAGGAGCCAAAAGAGCUGGUGGAAAAUUUGGUGA